AAGGAGAAUAUGUAAGCGCUGUGUUUUGCUAAACCUCUGAAUAAUAGUUUUCCCCACGGACACUCAAUCCCGACAUGACUGACAGCUGUAACGUCUCUCGGGUAUCAUCGAUCCGAUCUAAAAAAAAUCUGUUCGACUUUUUUUGCUGCCAGUCUUUCAGGGAAGAAGACUGGCUCAUAAAGGGGAUGAAUGAAUACAUGUUUUGAGGAUAUCACUUCUCUGAGAAGCUCGGCUGCACCGCAUCACCCCGUCAUCCACUCAUCCAACUCUUGUUCUCUUGCAUUUCAGUGUUUCAUUUGGUCCCCACAGCAGCUUUCACCAUGACAACAUUUGACUUCUCGGAUAUAGAGGCAUUUUUGGACUGCCACCCAGACCUCUUCGAGGAAUAUCUCGUUCGAAAGGCGAAAUGUGAUCAGGUUAGCAGAUGGUUGAAGGAGCACCAGCCGUUGAAAGUGUCCACAGUCGAGGAGAAGCGUGGCGCUACUGCCAGGGACCCGCUCUGGACGACCAACCCGGACGGGCUCCGGCGCAGAUCGUCCCACAUGGAGCUGCGACGGAACUUCGCCCGGUCCAAAGCCACCACCGCAUACCGGACCUACGACGAGCAUGUGAGUCUGAUCGAACACGAGUCCCAGUCCAGCAUGAGGCGCCGUGCGCUCCUGCGUAAAGCCAGCUCCCUGCCUCCGACCACCGCGCACAUCCUGAGCGCCCUGCUGGAGUCCAGGGUCAACGUGCCCCAGUACGCUUCCAGCGCCAUCGACUACAAAUACAGACUUAAGGAAACCAACGAGAGGGAGUUUUUCUUGGAGUUAGUGAAAGAUAUCUCCAAUGAUUUGGACCUGACAAACCUCAGUUACAAGAUCCUGAUCAAUGUGUGUAUCCUGGUGGAUGCAGACAGGUGCUCGCUUUUCCUUGUGGAGGGACCCGCGCACAAGAGGACACUGGUGUCCAAAUUAUUUGACGUUCACUCUGGCACCACUGUCAGGCCAUCAUCCAGCACCCUUAACUCCAAUGAAGUGCAGGUGCCAUGGGGGAAGGGUAUCAUUGGAUAUGUGGCAGAGCAUGGGGAGACUGUAAACAUCCCAAACGCAUAUGAGGACCACCGCUUCAGUGAUGAGAUAGACAAGUUAACGGGCUACAAGACUCAGUCCAUCCUCUGUAUGGCCAUCUGUAACAGUGAUGGGGAAGUCAUAGGUGUUGUACAAGCAAUCAGCAAAAAUCCCAUGGGCAUUCCCUUUACUGAGGAUGAUGAGAAGGUUCUGCAGAUGUAUCUACCAUUCUGUGGAAUAUCAAUUUCCAAUGCCAAGUUGUUUUCGGAGUCUCGCAAGGAGUAUGAAAGGAGUAGGGCUCUGCUGGAGGUGGUCAACGACCUGUUUGAGGAGCAGACCGACCUGGAGAAGAUUGUUAGGAAGAUCAUGCAGCGAGCGCUGACCCUGCUGCAGUGUGAACGCUGCUCUGUGCUUCUCCUUGAAGACAUCGACUCACCUGUUGUGAAGUUCUCCAAGACGUUUGAACUCAUGUCUCCCCUGUGCAAGAUGGACCGUGACAUCAGCAUGGAGAAGCUAUCGUGCUCUGAUUGGCUGAUCAAUAACAGCAUUGCUGAGCUGGUGGCUUCCACAGGGCUGCCUGUGAACAUCAGCGAUGUGUGUCAGGACCCACGCUUUGAUGCUGAGGCGGAUCAAGCCUCAGGAUUUCACAUCAGAUCAGUGUUAUGUGUCCCCAUCUGGAAUCGAACUCAUCAGAUAAUUGGGGUCGCACAAAUUCUGAAUCGCCUCGACAGGAAGACGUUCAAUGAUGCAGAUCAGAGACUGUUUGAGGCAUUUGUGAUAUUCUGUGGACUUGGAAUCAACAACACUAUGAUGUACAAUCAAGUUAAGAAGACGUGGGCCAAGCAGUCUGUGGCACUGGAUAUGUUGUCCUACCAUGCUACCUGCUCCAAGGUAGAAGUUGACAGACUUAAGGCAGCAAAGAUCCCCCUGAGCAGUGAGUUAGGCAUCGAUGAGUUUCACUUCAACGACUUCUCUUUGGACAAUGACGCCAUGAUCACCGCGUCACUCCGGAUGUUUCUAGAACUCGGUGUCGUCCAAAAGUUCAAAAUUGACUAUGAGGUUCUAUGCCGCUGGCUUUUGACUGUGAGGAAGAACUAUCGAACUGUGGCGUAUCACAACUGGAGGCAUGCCUUCAAUGUGUCGCAGUGCAUGUUCGUUAUGAUCAGAACAGCCAAUUUCCAGGAUGUCCUCACAGAGGCUGAGAUACUGGCACUGAUGGUCGGCUGCCUGUGUCAUGACUUAGACCACCGAGGCACCAACAACGCAUUUCAAGCCAAGACAGGUUCUGCUCUGGCUCUGCUCUACGGGACAUCAGCCACCCUGGAGCAUCAUCACUUCAACCAUGCAGUCAUGAUCCUACAAAGUGAGGGUCACAAUAUCUUUGCAAACCUCUGCUCUAAAGAGUAUAGCAACAUGAUGCAACUAUUGAAGCAGGCUAUUCUCUCUACAGACCUUACUUUGCACUUUGAGCGCAGAACCAAGUUCUUUGAGUGUGUUCUGUCUGGGGAAUUCAGCUGGACAGAUGAAGGACACAGAGAACUUCUCAGGUCCAUGCUGAUGACAGGAUGCGAUUUAGGCGCAGUCACUCGUCCCUGGAAGAUAUCCAAACAGGUUGCAGAGCUGGUGACGAGUGAAUUCUUUGAACAGGGUGACAGAGAGAGGUCUGAGCUUAAGUUGACCCCAGCGGCCAUAUUUGACCGCAAUCGCAAAGAUGAACUACCUGUCUUACAGCUGGAGUGGAUAGAUGGGAUAUGUAAACCCCUUUAUCAGGCAAUGCUGAAGCUCAACAGGAAGUUGCAGCCGAUGGUGGAUGGGAUAGAUGCCAACCGAAACAAAUGGCAGGAGCUCUGCUCAUCCUAUCAGGAGACACACGGACCCUCAGUGUCCAAUCAGAGUGGUGUAUCAGAUCAGAGUCCUGAGCCCCAUCAAGCCAGAGAUACAAAUCAACAACUAGACUCCACAGAGACUCUGAUGCCUGUUGAAAACACCAAGUUUGGGUCAAAGUCUAAGUGCGGUCUGGAUCUGAGCAGCAGAGUAAACCAAGGUUCCUGUGAUGGUUAAUCAGCAUCAGCUGGCAACGUGAUAUCUGCAGGAAGGAAGUAAAGCAAGCUAAGUGUUGAGUAAAGGUUUAUAACCUGGGACUCCUCCCAUAUCCUGUGAUUUCCCAACACAUGCACUACCCUAAAUCAUUUUUAAAAAUCUGGGUAGAUUAAAGGCAGGUUUCAUCCAGUGAGCACAUUGGUUCUCCCGAGUGUCACUGUGUUAAACUCGGGAGCGUGAUUAUUCAUAUUGGUCAAACUAUACUUAAAGGGCAGUUUCCCAUUUCUUUCUUUCUUUCUUCAUUUCUUCCUUAUUCUUUAUCUAUCUAUCUAUCCAUCUAAUUGCUUUAAAUUACUGAGAAGUAUAAGAUUGAGAGACUACUGUUGAAACCAAAGAGGGCCACUUGCUACUGUAAUGUUUUGUAAUGGGAACUGCCUCAAAUCCAUAAGCCGAUUGGAACGCCUUUACAAAACCGAAAGGAAUCACUGUGAUUUCUCUCACAUAAAAACACAAAUUGCCAUUAUAAAUGUGGACCGGAGCAUGAUCUUGUUCCUGAAUGUUCCUUACUGUCUUACCUCAGUUGCAAAUCUUUGGCUGCAUGGCAUUAUUUUCAAUGUUUGUAGGUUAACCAAGCCUUCGGCUGUCUACUUCUUUUGUGGAUUGCAUGUGUGUAUCAUGAAAACCUGGUAUCUCUAAUUAAGGAAUUAGGUAAUGUGAAAGGCCAAAUGUUAAUGUAUUGAUUGAGGAAAGUCAUUGAUAAAAUUCAAACUCUUCAGGCUGUGUGUGUGUGUGUGUGUGUGUGUGUGUGUGUGUGUGUGUGUGUGUGAUCUCCUAAUUCCUGAAAAAGUUAUGACAGAGAUGAAUACAAAUGGUUUUGUCUAAAGGGUCUGAACGCAUUUUAAUGUAAAGGUAUAGUUUUUUUUGGAAUAAAUAAAACAUAUUUAUAAAACAUUGAUUCUUUGUUUCUCACCUGGGUGAGACAAACGCAAGCCUGUAUGUCUGUAACGCCUGAUCUACUUUCUGUUGGCUAAUUUUAUUGUUCCACAAAUCUAUAAGCUGCAAACAACAGCAUGAAAAACAGCCAUGAGUUUGUCUCACUGUGGAUAAGAGGGAAAAUGUCCCCAAAAACUAUGCCUUCAGAAGACUUCUUUACGUACAGGAUGAGAAAUGUCUAAAUAUCCUUUUGUGUUUGAGAUUCAUCACAGUGUUUUGUAGUUCUGGGCAGCAUGCCGAUUAUGUUGAAACUGCAUGUAUCAUGUUUGAUGUUGAUACUGGACAUUAUCUUGAUGCCUUUGACUGCCCUAUGAGAUUUGCUUUGCAUGAAAUCACUGUAAGGGAUAUACUACAUAUUGUUCCGUAAGAAUAUUGUCGCUGCACUGUUGUUUUUGAGAACAGAUAAAGAUUUAUAUUUUCGAUCACAGAAUAUACCAAAAUUAUACACAUUAUUUUUCAUACAUCGGACUCUAUAUUUAUGCAAGAUCUGGAAUUGGCAUUUUCUCCUGUUAUUUACAAACUGUCCAAUAAAAGGCCAUUAUUAGACAAUAAGAAAGUGCUACAUUCAGAUAAAAGGGAGUAAAUCAAUCUCUAUCUGGUUUUGUGAAUAAAAUGCUGUGGCAUGGCAACUGA